AUGAACGGCGCCAUUAGAGCGCUGUAUAUCUACGACGAGUACAAUGUACCCAUUCUAGAACAUGUGUAUCGGUCUCGGCCGCCUUCCGCAUCCUCUCUCAUAUCGCUGUUCCUAGCACACCCCGCACCACGUCCCUCGCUGCUAUACCUCACAGAGACCUCUCCUGCCGUGACAGUGUUUUCGAUAUCACAUUCAAAUCUACUUUUUCUUUCUCCGAGCGAUGUUGACACGGAACCCCUCCUUGUUCUCGAGUUCCUACAUAGAGUCGUCGACGUGCUAGAGGAUUUUGUGGGCGCUCCUCUGUUGUCGACAAAACUACAAUCAAAUUACGAUGUAGUCGCACAGCUUUUGACGGAGAUGUGCGAUGCAGGGCUGGUGAGCAACACAGAAAUCAAUGCUCUUCAGGAGAAUGUUGAAACUGCGGGUUGGAUGAACAAGUUUCUGGGCGGUGUUGGAUUACCGCGCGCGGCCUCUCCGAGUACAGCGUCACUCAAUCCACUCAAACCGCAAUUAUCCAAUCCUAGGGCUACCUCAGCUCUCGGGCCAGCUAUACCAUGGCGGCGGCCAGGCGUGCGGCAUACUUCGAACGAAAUAUACGUUGAUAUCAUCGAGACCCUCUCGGUAACAAUAGCCCCCUCUGGACGACUUCUCUCUGCAUUAGCGUCAGGCACAAUAGCCUGCACGGCAAAAAUCUCUGGCGUUCCCGAUCUUCUCCUGACGCUGACGACCCCCGGCGGACAACGAGCGAUCGAUCAAAAAAUGCAACUCCCCGUAUUUCAUCCCUGCGUUCGUCUUGCGCGCUGGAGAGAGCGACCCGGGGAGCUUAGUUUUGUGCCUCCUGACGGAAAAUUUAUACUUGCUGGAUAUGAAGCCGAUCUCCUCCCGAUAGACCCAAGCAUCGACGAACCGCCAAGACAUAUGGAAAAGUUAUUUUUGCCAGCAUUUGUUGCCAUAGAAAAGUCGUUAGGACCGAGUGGAAAGGAUUUUGAAGUUCGCUUGACAUUGAAUACAAGUUUCCCGGGCGUCCGGCCAUUGAAUACAGGACGCACUGGUUCUGGGAGCUCAACACCUUCCUUCCUAGGAGGCGGGGGUAAUAGUAGCAGUCCAUCACUUCCUGUCCUCGACGAGAUCAUUGUCCACGUACCGAUACCCCAAGCUGUCCGAAAUAUAACAGAUAUGCGCCCGAGCCGAGGCGAUGCAGACUAUUCGCCUGGUGACGACCAUCUGGAAUGGCGAAUAUACACCAAAGACAGUGGAUCCGUUUCGGGUACAGCGACAUUACGUUGCACAGUUGUCGGCUAUCAAGAUGAUCUGGAUGCAACUGAGGCCGAAAUUGCAGCCGGUCAAGAAUUAUUACAGGGCUACUAUGAUGCCGAUUCAUACCAGCAAGACCCAACAACAUACACAUCUGAGUCAUACCCAACCGGCGUAUCAUCAAAGUCGCGAAAACCAAAGUCCACAAAAACGAAGAAGAAGAAAUCGAAAUCGAAAAAGGAGUCCAAAGCCAAUACCGCUGUUGAAGGACAAUCUACUCUAAUACCCGACAAGCCAACAAGCUCAUCGCAAACCUCGACACCUCCUCCAUCCACCACCCCUAACCCGACAAACAAUCCACUAUUCAAAGAAAGCGCGUCACGGAAAGAACAAAUCCAUUCCGCUCUCAUGCCAAAAUCUGCGACGGUAUCCUUCUCGGUGAAAGGGUGGCUGCCAUCCGGCAUCCGAGUCGAUAGUAUAAAUAUUGACCCACGCAAGAGUCGGGGGUUGGGUGAAGGGGUACGACCUUAUAAAGGUGUGAAAUAUCUGUGUGUUAGUCGAAGGGGCAUUGAGCGGCGGUUCUAG